GUUCUGAUAUUCAAAGCACCUGCAUGCUACUUCCUUUGUCCUUAUAAAGAGUGCAUCGUGUGAAAAGCGCCAAUUCUCCUUGUGUCCGGUACAGUGCGAUGUCAUGGCCGCGAGAGCUGAGAUAGUGACCGUAGCGCUGCUGGUCGUGCUACGAGUCGGCGCGCCUGCGAGUUUUCCCGGUUGGUGGACGGGCGAGGAGCGCGGACGACACGCGCAGGCGCAGGACGAGGUGCAGGUGGUGUACCUGCCCGCGCUGCUGCCGCGGGAGGCGCAGUCUGCUGCCGACCGGCCUCACGAUGACGUGCCCCUGCCGUACAACUUUGACGCGUUCGGACGAAGCUUCGAAUUGCAGCUGGUCCCGAACCGGCGACUGGUGUCGCCGCAGUUCGGCGUGUGGUCGGAGCGGGGCCCGGAGCGGCCGCUGUCUACCGUCGACGUUUCCUGUCACUUCCUACAUGCCGGCACUAAUGCCGUCGCCGCCUUUUCCGCAUGCAAGGACCAUUCUCUGCAUGGACUAAUCGUAGUCGACAAUUCAACAUACGAAGUGCGUCCUUUGCCAACCGUGGUAGGCCGUGCAGAGAAUGGCGACCGCACGGCGCACAUGAUACGGCGUGCGCCGCCACCGCCCGCGCCGCUUGACGACGCGCGCCCGAUGCGUCCGCGCCCGCGGCGCCCGCGUCGCCAGCCGCUCCGCUCCAAGGCCAGGCAAAAGCCAGGUCCUCCCAACUACACCAUUGAAAUUGCCCUCUUCUUGGAUGAAGCGGCUUACAAAAUCUUCUAUCCCUUCAUGAAUUAUAAUGAGGCUGAUCUGAGAGACAUGCUUUUGGCUUAUAUCAAUGGGGUUCAAGCAUUAUACCAGCACUCAUCGCUCGGCACCCACAUACAGCUGUCACUGGUGCGACUGACGUUCCUACGCAGUCAGCCAGGGAAUCUGCCGCCUCACGCCGAGCGAGGCAGGUUGCUUGACGCCUUCUGCGCUUACCAGCGCUCGCUCAAUGUGGAGGACGACGACGAUCCUGACCACUGGGAUAUGGCACUUUUACUGUCAGGGCUGGACUUCUACUCCGAAGAAGGUGGUCGUCGUAACGGCGUGACGAUGGGUCUGGCGCCGGUGGGCGGCGUGUGCUUGGCGCCGCACGCAUGCGUGGUGGCGGAGUUUGGGGCCGGAGACCUUCUGGGCCGACCCUAUCCUUCAGCUGGCUUCACCUCUGUCUAUAUCCUCGCGCACGAGAUUGGACACAACCUGGGCAUGCACCACGACGGCACCGGCAACUCGUGCGCUCGCGACGGCUUCAUCAUGUCUCCGUCACGCGGCACCAGCGGCGAGGCCACCUGGUCUACCUGCAGCGCGCAAGUCGUUGCAGAUCUGCAAUGGGCGACUUGUCUGCAAGAUGGCGGUGAUGAGCUGGACACUCCAGAUGAGCUGCGACAUGAAAAGUUCGGAAGCGCGCCCGGCGCUGUGUGGGGAGCUAAGCGGCAAUGCGAGCUGUUCCUCCGUGACCGGGACGCAGCAGUGGUGCCGGCGACGAGCGCGACGUCGCACUGCGCGCAGCUGUCGUGCCGCUCGCCGCACCGCGCCGGCUUCUACCACGCCGGGCCUGCGCUGCCCGGCACGCCCUGCGGCGACAACAUGUGGUGCCAAGGUGGAGAAUGUGUGCCAUCAUCUUCCCUGUCAUCGUCUACCACCAAGCCUCCGAGCACCAACAAUGACAACAACACAAGUACUGUCUCCGUCGGAGGCUGGAGUAGUUGGCGCGAGGCGAGCUGCCAAUCAGGUUGCACUCUUCGCUCCCGAGGCUUCCGAGAAAGACGGAGAACCUGUCAUGCGGCGACGGGCUGUGAAGGAACUGCCUAUGACGUAACUCUCUGUGAUGACACCAAAGUGUGCGGCAAGAAGACGCGCGUGUCUGCCGGGGAGCUGGCGUCGCGUAAGUGCGGGCUGUACGCGGCCAGGGUGCCCGCGCUGGACGCCCGCGGCGGCGGCUUGCAGGCUCCACACGACCCCACUCGUAUGUGGAUGGGCUGCGCGGUGUUCUGCCGACGCGCGUCGGGCGGAGGCUUCUACGCGCCCAGAGUGGAGCUCAACGAUGCUGGACUGGAGCCUUACUUCCCCGACGGAACCUGGUGCCACCACGACGGCAGCCAGGACUACUACUGUCUGCAGCACCACUGCUUGCCUGAGAAUUUCAAAAUGACGGCGCAAUGGCAUAUCUGGGAACUGCCAAGCGGGGAUAUCGACGGGUCGUUCAAUGCGCGCGCGCAGCCAGCGGCGGCCGACGAGACAGUGAGGGCGUUCCUGUCUCUGGACGAGGCCGGGGUGCCGCUCGUGCGCUCUGCCCUGCCGCCCUACCUCCCGGACGAGCCGGAGUUCAACUGGGAGGUCGUAGACUAUGUCGAUCUGCCCCCCACGAACGACACCGCUACACCAUUAUGAAUUGCUGCUCAAAUAGUAUCUAUCAGAAACAUACGGAAUAUCUUGCCAAAAUAAAAAAAUAUAUUAUUAUAUACUUAUAUAAAAAAAUAUAGUAAUAAGUAAAAGGUGUGGUAAAAGUUCAAAAAUUUAGCAGAUCUUUUAUCAGCUUCUGCAUAUGUGCAUUUAUUAGAUAAUAAGAUAUUCUUCUUACAGUAUUAUUUAGAUUAGAUAUUAUAAAAGAAGGUCUUUGUAAAUUUUCUAAAAUAAUUAGAUAAAAAGGGAUAACAAGGACGUAUUACGAGAGAGUAGUUCCAUAAUGUUCAUUUCUAAAGCAAACUUUUUUCUUUGUAUUGUGAACAAGCUAUUUUCUCAAAUGCUAGUCUUACCGUAAGUGUACUUACUUAAAAAUAUAGAUACUUUUACUUAUAGGUAUAUAUCCAUCUUCUCUUUUUCAUUUUAUAGAAAAUAUUGUUUUAUAAAUUAAUUAGUUACCUUUUUUGGCUAUGUGUAUUUUAGGCGACUAUUUUUCACAAAUAAAUCAAGUUAAGAAUUC